GGUUCAAGUUCGUUUCCAUUCGGGCGGGAAAGGAAGCCGGCUGUGUCGAAGCGGUCGAAUCAUAAGGAGGGGAGUGUUGGAUUCGUUGGUCAUGCAAAGGGGAUUCGUUGCACGCAGCACACUUAUCAAAUUUGUAUCUAGUUGCUGAUAGUAGCGAUCUUUAAAAAAAUGAAUAUCAAAGCACUUACGGCUGUAAUAUGCGUGUUUGUGGGAUGCUGCAGCAAUGUUGUGUUUCUAGAGUAUCUUGUAAAAGAAGAUCCCGGAGCUGGGAAUCUUAUAACAUUUUCACAGUUUCUGUUUAUUGCUCUUGAAGGGUUAGUACAUAUAAUUGCGUCUCGCGAUUUUGUGCCCAAAAUACCUCUGCGUAAUUACUCCCUUCUUGUGAUUCUGUUUUUUGUAACAAGUGUGGCCAACAACUUUGCGUUUGACUUCAAUAUACCAAUGCCUUUACAUAUGAUAUUUAGGGCUGGAUCACUUAUUGCUAACAUGAUAAUGGGAAUAAUUAUUUUGAAAAAGAAUUAUCUUUUCUCGAAGUAUUUAUCCGUUUUCAUGAUAACCGCUGGAAUUGUGUUGUGUACAAUUAUUUCGGGAAGUAGUGUGAAAAGUGCCACUAUCAAACCAACAGAGGCCCUGGAUGUUGGAUAUUCCGACUUCUUUAUAUGGACUCUUGGGAUAGGUUUACUCUCCAUUGCUCUUUUUAUAUCUGCAUAUAUGGGCAUUUGUCAGGAAACUCUGUACAAGAAAUUUGGCAAAUAUCCUCAAGAGGCUCUCUUCUUUACGCACUUGAUUCCCUUACCUGGUUUCAUUUUUAUAUACAAAAACAUUUGGGAACAUUUCAGUAUUGCUACAGAUAGUGAACCAAUGGCAUUACCAAUAAUUUCUAUGAUUGGGUUUAAUGUUGAAAUUCCUCAAAUGAUAUUUUAUUUAAUGUGCAACGUUAUUACGCAGUAUCUUUGUAUAAGAUCGGUAUAUAUUUUAACAACUGAGUGUGCUUCAUUAACAGUUACGCUUGUCGUAACAUUGAGGAAGUUUGUAUCAUUGCUUUUUUCUAUUAUAUAUUUUAAAAAUCCGUUUACAAUUUACCAUUGGAUUGGUACGGGACUGGUUUUUUUCGGAACGAUAAUCUUUACUGAAGUAGUUCCACGAAUUUCUGAGCAUAUGCAACUUAGGAAACAUAAAAAAGAAUAAAUCAGUAAAUGGUGUAUAUGCGUUCACGUUCUUAAAAACCCAUAUAUAUUAAGUUAACGUAAAUUGUAAAUAGGCUUUUUUGUUUGGUAACGAAUUUAAUAUAAUUUGUGUAUAUGCUUGGAUAAAAUAAAAAUUCAACAGAUGUAA